CUCCCCCAGCAGUCAGUAUGGAGAAGGAAAAGGCAGACGAAGAGAAUGGGCUGCAGACUAUCUCAACAUCUCCAGCUAUCCCGUACAGCAUCUUCACCUCCGAGCAGAAAACCUUAAUAAUCGCCAUCGUCUCCAUCGCAGCCACCUUCUCCGCAUUUGCCUCAAACAUCUACUUUCCUGCAAUACCUGCCAUUGCCAGAGACCUCUCAGUCACACCGGAACUCAUCAACUUGACAGUCACCUCUUAUAUGAUCUUGCAGGGUCUCGCUCCAAGCAUAUGGGGAGCUUUGGCCGAUGUUCACGGUCGAAGACUUACGUACAUCAUCACCUUCAUCAUUUUCAUCGGUGCCUGUGUUGGGCUAGCAGAAACGAAGCAUUACUACCAACUGGUGAUUCUCAGAUGCCUUCAGAGUACAGGCAGUGCUAGCACCAUUGCAAUCGGGGCAGGAGUUGUCGGAGACAUCACCACGCGGGCAGAGAGAGGAGGAUACAUGGGGGUCUUUCAAGCUGGGCUGCUUGCACCACUGUCUGUGGGGCCGAUCCUUGGAGGGAUUUUCUCACAGACCUUGGGAUGGAGAGCCAUCUUCUGGUUCCUGACGAUCUACGCUGGCGCAGUCUUGAUCCUCCUCGCCGUGGUGCUCCCAGAGACAUUGCGAUGCAAAGUUGGCAAUGGCUCAGUCCCAGCCAAAGGAAUUUCAAAUUCUUUAUUAGCACAUAUCCAACGCCGACGACGCUCCAUGACUGAAGAGCCAGCUUUGCAGCGGUCUGUAUCUACGACAUCGGUGGGGAAGCAGCUCUCGGUAGAUUUCCUGGGCCCACUGAAAAUCAUCUUCAGCCUUGAAGUCACUUUCGUCAUAAUCUUUCUUGCUAUAUACUACACAGUGUGGCAGAUGACUGUUGCCGUUAUGUCAACUCUCUUCAGCACCACAUAUGGCAUGAGCGAGAUACAGAUCGGGCUGACAUACAUUGCCAACGGUGUUGCAUGCGUUGCUGGGACACUUACGACCGGCAAAUUUCUCGAUUAUGACUAUGAACGAUUCAAGAAGUCCUACGAUGGAACCGCAGAGGGCUUUCCACUGGAACGAGUGAGAUUGAGAACGUUGUGGCUUUGGGCUGGGAUGGAAAUUGCUGCAUCUUUGGUGUUUGGUUGGACGAUGGAACAUCACGUUCAUGUGUCCGUCCCUAUCAUCAGCACAUUCUUCCUGGGUUGGGCCUCAACGUCCAUUAUCGGCAUUACCACAACAUUCAUGGUCGAUAUUUUCCCCAAGAAAGGUGCGUCUGCAACUGCAGCCUUGAACUUGGUAAGGUGCUUGAUGGGAGCAGGUGGAACGGCCUCGGUUCUACCAACUGUGAAUAAAAUAGGGAUUGGUUGGACAUUUACUGUCUGGUCUGGGGUAAUGUUGGUUGCUCUAGGACUAAUCGUGCUACAGAUGGUGAAGGGCCAGAAAUGGAGGCAAAGAAGAGAGACAAUAAAUAUUCCAAGGGCUUGAUGGCUGUAUGAACUUGCUUCAUUCUUCCACAGUACCUUAAAUCAAGGUUUAAAAACGUAUAACUCCAACAUGAGCCCUCAUAGCGGGAGAAGAAUUCAUGGGUCUGCGUUCUCUAUAAGCUAGUGAAGCUAAGACGGAGGAGCGAA